AUUUAGCCAACGACACCGUUAGAAUUUGAGCCUCUGUCCUCCCUCAUCUCCACCACUCGCGCCUCAUCCAGAGCUGACGCACGCCAUGUGCUCGACGGUUUGCCGCUGAGACGACGAACGCGCGGCCAUGGCACUUGCCCUCCUCUCCCCCUCCCCCGCAGCCCAACGCCUCCCGCGCCCCCUCGCCCCUCCGCCGCUCGCACGCGUCACCACCGCCGUCGGCGCUGGCCUCCUGUUCUUCUCCCCCUGCUCCUCUCCCUCCGUUGGCUCCCGCUCCCUGCAGAGGGCUGGCUCCGCGGGCGGCGUUGACGGCGCCAGCGCCGGCUCGUCGGAAGCGCCGGGAGCCGGAUGGCUCGACGCAGACCUGCUCAGGCGGGUCUCCGGUGCGGCGGAUGCGGACCAGGCAUUGGACAUUGUCGCGGAGUCGGCGGGAGGCGUGAACACCGCUCUGGACGCGCCCGAGUGCAACGCGAUCGUCGCGGCGGCGCUUGACCGUGGAAACGUAGACCUCGCGCUCUCGGUGUUCGAGGCCAUGCGGUCCGGCUUCGCUGGAGUUGGGGGCUGGAGGUGGGCGAGGCCGGACGUGCGGACUUAUGCGUUGCUUGUCCGGCAGUUGGCGGCCGCACUGCGUGUUUCUGAUGCGAUCAGGAUUAUCGAUUAUGUGUCUCGUGCGGGUGUUUCUUCUACGGAGGAGGUCCCAUUCGGGAUGAUUGUUCGUUGUCCAAUCUGCAUGGUAGCAGUUGCUGUUGCACAGCCUCAGGAUGGAACUCAGGUUGUUUCUUGUUCGAAGUGUCGGUAUCAAUAUGAAUUAUUUUCUGGAGACGUUACAAGCAUUGAAUCUGAUGAAGUUAGCAUGGAUAUUUCAGCUCUGGAGAAGGCCUUGAGAUUUAUAAAUGUAAUGAAGGAUGGUCUUCCAGCUGCUGUCCACUCUGUUGUGAUCCGCACACCUUCAGGAACAGCUCGUACACAUAGAUUUGCUACCCAGACUGUAGAACUUCCUGCUCAAGAAGGAGAAAGAGUGACCAUUUCCUUGGCGGCCCCGUCCAAUGUUUAUCGUGAAAUGGGCCCCUUCAAGAUUUCUGCUCGCUCACAAGGGUUUAGACCAGGAGAACCCAUGUGUCUCACUAAUCACAUCAACAGACAAGUCUCAAAAUUGCUAAGAGCUCCAUCAAAGAAUGAGGGAUCAUUUACCCUUAGCCCAUAUUUAUUGGUUGGUGCUUUUGCUUUGCUUGCUUCUGGAGAUGCUGCUUCAGCAUUCAUUGACCCAAGUCUUCCUAGACUUAUUACAGCAACUGUCGUUGCAUCAGCUGCCGUAGGAACAACUCUAAAUCAAGUAAUCCUGCCAGAGAUUCAAAAGCUUCCACAAAAGGCAGUAGAUAUAGUUGCUGUACGGCAGCAGCUUUUGUCUCAGUAUGACAUGCUCCAGACUCGUCUUAAGGAUCUGAAACAGCUUGCUGAAAACGAGGUGUGGAUGCUUGCACGGAUGUGUCAGUUGGAUAACAAGAUACUAGCAGUAGGCGAACCAUCUUAUCGUGCUAGACGAGGUAGAGUAAAGAGGGUACGGGAAAGCUUGGAAAACACACUCUUGGCGAGGAUCGAGCUUAUGGAAAGUUAUGCAAAAUUGUGUUCAAUGAUUGAAAUUGAAGUCGAGAUGGACUCCAAUGUUAUUGCUGCUGAAGCAGCAAGCAGUGCUGAGAGAAUAUCAGAACAAAUACAACAGCUAAUGGAGAUUGAUAGUCUUGAAGAGCAAUGGCGUAUACAAGCUGAGGCUAAUGAUGAGGCAGAAAGGCUUCUUAGUUCAGAUUCUUCGGAAACAAUGCCUGCUGGACAUGUGUAAUGGAAUUUUGGGGCUCAAGAAAUCAUCAAAGUUGACAAUGAGGAAGUGACGAGCAGGGUUGGUGGUGGUCGAAAACGCUCAACUAAAAUUCAGAAAGGAUAGUGGAGAUGGCAUUCGAUGAAAAUUCCGUCUUUGGAUUGGAAUUUCAUGGACACGAAUCUUUAAAUUAGUAUUUAUCGAAAUACAACUAUUUGAGCUGAAUUUGAAAAAUCCCUUUGUAUAGUUGCAUGAAAUUAUUUUCUCAAAAUAUAGAAAAGUCUCUGGCUUUGAUAAUCGCUUUCCAGCAUGUUUUCAUUGAUCUAGCGAAACUACUGGCAUGCAAAUAGUUCCUUAUAACUAGCUGAAUGCUAAUCCUGUAGACAUCGUCCUUUUGGUAGUGGCACAUAGUUGGGAAUUUUUGUGUAAAUCGAAAAUUGUUGUAUGCUUGUUGAAAGUUAAACGUACUCCGCUGUAUACUUUUGAAUGUCGAUGGGUGUUACCUUAAAAAUUCUAAAUCUUGUAACUUGUUCCAAGUUGUUAUAAUGAAUUUUGCUUGUUAA